UCUCUCUCUCUUUUUCUCCCCUACACGCUGCGUAAGCAAGCAUGAGGGUGCGAUGCACCAGGUUCUCUCCGUUUUUACAAGCAAAAUGCUGCACCCGAGGGAGGAGUGACGAGUAGGGUGGUUUUUUUUUUUUUUUGCUGGAGUGCCGCGUGUUAUGGAUCAGAGCAUCGCAUGCUCGUUCUCUCUCUCUAUCUAGGUCCCUCACAUUGGCACUCCAUCCUGAAGCACACAGAGGAGAGCGAGCGAUGCUGGAGACACACUCCUGAUUCUGAGCCUUAUUAGAGUCACACUCAUCCCACUCUACAAAAUAAAGAACCACCAACACUCACUCACACACACACCUGCCGUAGCCAUGACAACCUCGGCCCUGCGCCGGCAGGUGAAGAACAUUGUACACAACUACUCGGAGGCUGAAGUGAAAGUGCGCGAGGCGACCUCCAACGACCCCUGGGGUCCGUCCAGCUCUCUGAUGUCGGAGAUCGCCGAGCUGACAUUUAGUGUAGCUGCCUUCAGUGAGGUCAUGGCCAUGGUGUGGAAACGCCUCAAUGAUCACGGCAAGAACUGGAGGCACGUCUACAAGGCCCUGACCCUGCUUGACUACUUGGCUAAGACGGGUUCGGAGCGUGUAGCGCAGCAGUGCCGUGAAAAUGCCUUCACCAUCCAGACGCUGCGUGACUUUCAGUACGUGGACCGGGACGGGCGCGAUCAGGGUGUGAAUGUACGUGAGAAGGCCAAGCAGCUGGUGGCAUUGCUCAGGGAUGAGGACAGGCUCAGACACGAGAGAGCACUAGCGCUCAAGACCAAAGAGCGGUUAGCAAGCGCAGGAGGAGGUGGAGGGUCAGGUACAGUGCCUCCUUCAUACCCGAGCAGGAGGAGCAGCCAGCCGAGCAUGGCAGCGCUGUAUGGAGAGGAGUUCAGUCGCUCCAGAGGAUCUCCAUCCUCCUUUACCUCAUCCCCCUCAUCUCCAAGAGCCUCUGAUCUGGAGCACUCUCGCCCUCAAACCAGCGGAGAGGAAGAGCUGCAGCUACAGCUGGCACUUGCCAUGAGCCGAGAGGAGCACCGCAGAGGUCAAGAGGACGAAUCCCAAGUUGAGAAAGCUGUAGACAAGAGCAGGAGAGGCAGUGAAUCUGGACCUGGGGAGUCAGCCAUGAUUGAUCUGGUCGACAUAUUUGGACCAUCUGGACAAUCUGAAGAGCCACCCAGUGAUGAUCUCUGGGAUGCUCAGCCCUCCUGCCCUUUAACCUCUGAUCCCUGGGAGUCUGUAGCUGUGGUUAACACCAGUACCCCUGUAGUUGGUAGUCCCUGGAAACCCCACUCCUCUUCUGAUAGCCCAGAUCACCAUUGGGUUACGAACCAAUCUCCACCAGACCCAUGGGGGGCCCUGCCUACCAAGUCCACAUCAAAAUCUGCAGAACAACCCUGGAGGAGUCCAGUUCGUCCAGCCUCAGCAGGAGUUGACCCAUUUUCCAUUCGUGAGGAAGAGGAACCUGGAGACAAACGACCUAACAGUGUGUUCAGCCCUCGCUGUGAGAGUCCAGCAGAUAUAGACCCAUUUGCUGACUUGGUGGUGGGUGGGCAGGUAAAUGGCAGAGUUGAAGCAAGAUCAGUGACCUUUGACCACUCUCAUCUUGGCCCCCCACUGGAUCCAGUGACCCCUAGAAAGUGCUGCACACCAGAGGCUUUUCUUGGCCCUACGGCUGCAUCACUCAUCAACCUAGACACACUCAUUCCCUCAAAGCAACACUCACAAACACACACGCUUAACCCAUCCAAUAUACCGGCCAAGAGCAAGAACCCCUUCCUCUCAGGUCUGAGUACUCCCUCACCCACUAACCCGUUCCACUGUGACCAACGCAGGCUGACUCUGAAUCAGAUGCGUCCAAACUCCACUUCCCCAUUGCCUGGCCAUGCUUUGCCCAGUGCUCUUCCCUACAGUGCCUCUCUUCCCCUGCCCUCAUCCCAAACCAUGCCCCAGCCUCCAGACCUGCCCCCUAACCUUCCCCAGCCCUUGUUGCCCCUCUCUUCAAUGCCCCGCCUCCAAACAGCCCCCCAGCUCCAGAGUCACAGCAACAAUCCCUUUCUCUGAUGGCCAAAAAAUCACUUGAUAGAGAUCAGAACCAAGGCUGUUAACUACAUGUUCAGUUGGAGCUGAAGUGAAACAUGCUGGAAUAUGCACUGAAAUUGAAUUCAAUGUGACCAGACAAAUCUGGAUUUAGCAUAUUGAAAAUGACACACUCUGAAUGUAAUAAAAUCACACAUUAGGCUUUAGAGUAAAAUUUACCAAUGAAUUUGCGGAUAAAUAAUUUGGUAUUUGCAGAAAUAAUGUUUUAAGGUAAUUAAAUACCUGAUUAAGUUGCCAUUCUCUUUAAUGAUGUGCUAACAGAUACUCCAUCAUCUACAGUCUCUAGCAUGCUGCUUAUGAGAUGGAGUUCAGCUGUCACGUGCUGCUUAUGAGAUGGAGUUUAGCUGUCAAUCAGCAUGUCUCUGCCCAUUGCACAACCAAUAGGACCUGUCAAUCAAAAGGACACAAUGCUCUCGGACCCAAAGUGUGCAGAACUAGGCUCUGUUGGUCUUAACUAGGCUAAGACCAACAUUUCAGGAAUACUGACAUGAACUAAUGCUCCGUUUUUCUUCUCUACAAAGCUCACUUGUUUUCUAUUGCCUUCUGUCUAUGGAUACUUGCCUAUUCAGGGUCCAACAUUGAUUGUAACCCUUGGCUUUUCCUCACAAAACCAUGUGCCUGUCUCAAUGGCUUGCCCACAAUGUACCGGAGGGGGGGCAUCUCCACACAACUUGGACCUCAGGAGCCCUGCUAACCAAAACGUGCACAACCAUGUAACUGCUCACAAGCAACUGUCUAUAUGUGGAGAGUUUUAAGUAAAAGAAAAGUGAUGGAUAAAAAAGAAGAAUGGACAAACAUUGUCUGGUUAUACAGUAUAUUGUAAUGCUGAACUACCCUAUGCUGUUCUUCUGUUGAACAAUAUAUUGAUUUAUUUAUAAAUACAAGCUUUAUUGGCUAUUGCUGAAUGAGUUUAGUGCAUCCUGUAAGACAAAUACAUCCAGGUUAAUAUUUAAUCAAGACACAC